UUUGGGAAGGGUGAAAUGGCGAGAAUCUCCAUCCAUGUUUGUUGGAUUCUGGCCUUGUGUUUGUGCUGGGCAGCAACAGCAGAAGCAGAGUACGAGAAAUACAAGGAUCCGAAACAGCACAUAAAUGUUCGGAUUAAGGAUUUGAUGGGUCGAAUGACUCUAGAGGAGAAGAUAGGCCAAAUGACUCAGAUUGAACGAACCGUUGCUUCAGCUGAAGUGAUCAAAAAGUACCAUAUUGGGAGCGUGUUGAGUGGGGGAGGAAGCGUUCCUGCGGUAAACGCGUCAACCGGGACAUGGAUAGAGAUGGUAAACAGUUUCCAGAAAGGUGCGCUGUCCACCCGCCUUCAGAUCCCAAUCAUCUACGGCAUGGACGCUGUGCAUGGCAACAGUAACGUCUACAAGGCAACCAUUUUCCCCCACAAUAUUGGUCUUGGAGCUACCAGAGAUCCUGAACUGGUCAAGAGAAUUGGAGCUGCGACUGCUCUUGAAGUCAGAGCUACAGGCGUUCAGUAUACUUUUACGACGCAUGUACAGCUGUGUAGAGAUCCGAGAUGGGGUCAGUGCUAUGGAAGCUACAGCGAAGAUCACAGGAUUGUUCAGGCAAUGACCGAGAUCAUUCCGGGAUUACAAGGAGAAAUCCCCAGUAAUCUCAUAAAGGGUGCUCCUUUUGUCGGUGGCAAGAAAAAGGUCGCGGCAUGCGCGAAACACUAUGUGGGUGAUGGAGGAACAACUGAUGGAAUCAACGAAAACAACACUGAAAUAAGCUGGAAAGGAUUGUUAAGGAUCCACAUGCCAGCUUAUGCCAAUGCUGUUGCGAAAGGCGUAUCAACCGUGAUGAUCUCUUUUUCGAGCUGGAAUGGCAUAAAAAUGCAUUCCAAUCGUAAGCUUAUCACCGGUUACCUCAAGAACACACUGCGAUUCGAAGGAUUUGUCAUCUCGGAUUGGCAGGGCAUUGAUCAGCUCACAAAUCCACCUGAUGCUAACUAUACAUACUCUGUCCUCGCAGGAAUCGGUGCUGGCAUUGACAUGAUCAUGGUUCCUUACAACUACACACAAUUCAUCGACGUUCUGACCUCUUUGGUGAAGAAAGAGUUCAUUCCAAUGACCCGAAUUGACGAUGCGGUGAAGAGGAUACUGCGAGUGAAGUUCACAGCAGGCCUGUUUGAAAGCCCCAAUGGUGAUUAUAGCUUUGUUAACUAUCUGGGAUGUCAGUUUUCAGAAUUGACAAGGGAAGCUGUGAGGAAAUCUCUUGUAUUGCUGAAGAAUGGUAAAUCAGCUGAGAAGCCAUUGUUACCGCUUCCUAAGAAGGCAUCGAAAAUACUUGUUGCAGGGACUCAUGCUGACAAUCUUGGCUAUCAGUGCGGUGGGUGGACAAUUUCAUGGCAGGGACUUAGCGGCAACAACCAGACAGUUGGGACCACAGUUCUUACUGCCAUAAAAAACACGGUCGACCCGACAACAGAAGUAGUAUACAAUGAGGACCCAGAUCCCAGCUUCGUCGAGUCCGGAGAAUUCUCCUACGCAAUUGUUGUAGUAGGAGACCAUACAUACGCGGAGACGGCUGGCGACAGCUUUAAUUUGACGAUUCCCGAACCGGGCCCAAGCAUCAUCACAAAUGUUUGCGGAGCAGUGGAAUGCGUUGUUGUCCUUAUAACCGGUCGCCCUGUCGUGAUUCAAUCAUAUGUUGGAGCGAUGGACGCCCUUGUAGCCGCUUGGCUACCGGGAACGGAAGGACAAGGCAUCGCCGAUGUUUUGUUCGGGGAUUAUGGUUUCACCGGAAAACUUUCUCGGACUUGGUUCAAGACUGUCGAUCAGCUCCCGAUGAAUGUUGGCGACCCACAUUACGACCCAUUGUUUCCCUUCGGAUUUGGGCUAACCACUAAACCAACCAAAGAGCCAUAGAAUAAGUCAUUUUCGGUGAAACUUUUGGUGUAUUUUAUUGUAUCACGAUGUCUGAGGC